AACCAGUAGGUCAAAGGUCAUCUUUACGACCACGUGUUAAAAAGUCUAGCUAUUCUUUAGUGCUCCAGUAUGUCAGAUCAUGAGGAAGAAAAGCCUGAAAAGGAGGACAGCUUAGAGGAGGAAGGAUCAAGUAGUGAGGAAGAUGGUACAGACUCUGAAUUUGAUGAAUCGGACUCAGAGUUUGAUGAUCCGGAAGGUUUUGUUGACGACAUCACUGAUGAAGAGUUGCUAGGAGACCUGCUGAAGGACAAGCCAAUGAUUGAGACGGGUUUUGAAAGCGUGAUUGUAGUGGACAACGCUCCCAAGGUAGGUCCCGAGCGAAUCGAGAGACUCAAGACCGUUCUCAACAAAGUUUUUGGACGAUUUGGCACCAUCGUUUAUCAGCACUACCCCGUCGACGAGAAAAACAUGUUUAAGGGGUACUUUUUCCUUGAGUUCAAGAAGCCAGAGGAGGCAGUGAACGCUGUGAAGACGGGCAACGGCUACAAGUUGGACAAGUCUCACAUCUUUACCGUCUACUUUUUUAGCGAUUUCGAUAAGUACAAGAAUCUUCCCAAAAAGUUUGAGCCUCCGAAGAAAACGGAGUUUAAGGAAUUUGGCAACGUUCGUUCUUGGCUUCUGGAUGAGAACUGUUACGACCAAUCGGUUGUUCAGUACAAAGAGGGCAGCACGGUGGCAGUGUGUCAGAACACCCCCCACGAGAUCAAAAUCGUCACUGAGAGAGAGCACUGGACUGAGACCUACCUCCGAUGGUCGCCCCAAGGCUCGUACCUAGCCACCCUUCACAAAAGGGGCGUGGCACUGUGGGGAGGCCCUAACUUCGAAAGAACUGGCAAGUUUGAGCAGAUGAAUGUGCAGUACAUCGAUUUCUCCCCUUGUGAAAAGUACCUAGUGACCUUUAGCAACACUGUGGAUGACCCCAACGACCCCCAGAACAUCAUUGUGUGGGACACUCGUACAGGGGCCAGGAAGAGGUCGUUUAAGCGAGAAAAGUCUGAGGAGUGGCCCAUUCUCAAGUGGAGUCAUGAUGGGAAAUAUUUUGGUAGGAUGACCGAGAAUUUGCUGAGCAUCUAUGAAACACCAUCCUUUGGCCUGCUGGAUAAGAAGUCGAUGAUCAUCAAGGGAAUUCGUGACUUCUCAUGGUCUCCUCGUGACUACAAUCUAGCCUACUGGGUGCCUGAACAUGGCCAAAUCCCUGCCAAGAUAAUCGUCCUGGAGAUGCCUUCUCGUAAUGAGCUCAGCACUAAGAGUCGACACUUGGUCUCUGAGUUCAAGCUGCAUUGGCACAAGCAAGGAGAUUUCUUGGCAGUUCGAGUUGACCAUUUCCUUAACAAAAGCAGAAAGCAACUGUGCUACAGUCUGGACAUCUUCCACAUGAGGGAACCUCUUAUUCCAGUGGACACCAUUGAGAUCAAAGAACCGGUUGUGGCGUUUGCUCUGGAGCCUCAGGGGUCAAAGCUGGCAGUCAUCCAUGGGGAGCCCCCCUUACGAAUACACACCACCUUCUAUCAGAUCAACAAGGGGGGAAAGCCCACCCAAAUCAAGACCCUCGAGAUUUUGGAGAACACAGCUGUCAACAACAUAUUCUGGUCUCCUAGUGGACAGUUCGUGGUGUUGGCCAACCUAAAGGGCCCUGAGAGUGGUCACCUAGAGUUCUGGGACACGGGGUCAAUGACCUUGAUGAACUCUUCCCAGCACCAGCAGGCCUCUGAUCUGGAGUGGGACCCCUCAGGCAGAUACGUUGUCACCUCUGUCAGCGUCUGGAAGCAGAAGAUGGACACUGGAUUCUGCAUGUGGUCGUUCCAAGGACGGUCACUCUAUCGCAGCCCCCCUAGCUUAGACAAGUUCUGUCAACACCAGUGGCGACCAAGACCCCCCACAUUGCUCGCCGAGGAGCACCUCAAACUGAUCAAGAAAGACCAGAAGAAGUACUCUCACAUGUUCGAACAGAGAGACAGGACCUCCAAGAGCAAAGCAUCCAAGGAACUUCUUGAGAAGAGAAAGAAGAUGAUGUCACAGUACAAGGAAUACCGCCGUAAGGCGGAGCAGGAGGCGAGAAAGACAAAGAAGAUGCUGAUAGAAGAUGGUGUGGACGUGGGGGAGGAGGGGCAGGCAGAGUUAGACUACGAAGAGGAAACCUUGUAUAUCCUUGUGAACGAGACAAAAGAAACUGUGAACAAUAAUGAAUAGAGUGUUAGAGCUAACUUUGCACUUUCUAUAAUAAACUGUUGCGAGUGCUUUACUAGUUAUGACAAGAUUGUACAGUGCUACUGAAAUUUAUUACUUUAGAGCGAUAAAUUAUAAACAGUGUAUCGUAUAUUAUUAGAAUGUUUUG